UCUCGAGCCCCGGCCGAGUGCCGAGGAGAAACUUGCAGCGUAGUUUUGUCAAAUUAUAGGAAGUCUGCCAGACAAAAAAGCGACUCCUCGUUUAGUAUAUAUGCGAUAUUAACUUUGCAAUGUGAGUAUUAUUAAGCUUACGUAAAUACAAUUUUAUGCAUAUUUCAAGCUCAAUCGUCAUUUUUCUGCCGUUGAAAUAAAUCGGUUUGACUUUCUUUUCGAGCCUUCAACUUUACCCACGACGACAUUGAACGGCGAAAAAAUGUUUAACCGCACCAAAUUGUGUGUUUGUCGCGCAGCUGCAAGCAAACGACGCGUUACAACAAUUUUAAUAUAGAAUGACCCAAAAGAUAAAGCGUGUCUGAAUUGAGCCCGGAGAGCGUGCACGAUACAGUCUUCGGUGUGCGCAGCAGUUGCUCGUUCCAGUGCCGCGGUGUGCUGCAACUAUGGCCGAAAAAAAUCUGAUGCACGUCGCUGACAUUUUGACCGGCGAGGAAAUUACAAAAUUAACAAACCAGUUCUUUUCCACGAAGGAUGCUGAAAUCUUGUCCUGCCACUUGCAACCUUUCUCCGAAGAGCCUCUUGGUUACCUAGCCGUCCACCAAUUACUGAGGAUCGAGGCGCGAGUCAGCUCGGACGAUAAUUCUAAAAAGCGGCUGCUCGAGUUUUUUGUCAAGUGCGCGUUACCGAAUCGACGCCCGUACGAGCGAGCUCUCUUUCGCACAGAAGCCGAAUUUUAUAAAAACCUACUGCCGCGCUUGCUGCGGGAUAAUAAUUACGCGAGCCGAGAGCCCUGGAUCGCCGAGUGCCACCUAGUUAAGGAAGACGUUUUGAUUUUGGAAAAUUUACGACAUUACGAAUUGGCGUCGUCGCUGCGAGACGAUCACGUAACUGCGGCUCUGACGAGCGUGGCUCGUUUGCACGCCGCCUCGAUGUUGUGGGAGCUGAGACACGGUCGCCAAUCGCUCCAAGAGGUCUAUCCCGGCGUUUUCGACGAGAAGAUAUACUUGAAAACUGGAUUGGCCUGGAAGUGGCUGCUGGCCGGAAUCGAAGUUGCCGAGGCAGUUGCGCUCGAUUUGAAAUUAAGACCCGAGUACAUUUUGAAAGCUUACGAAUUGACGAUCGAGAGGGUCAAGCCCGUAAAGAAGCAAAACAACGUUAUAUGCCACUGCGAUCUUUGGUCCAACAACAUGAUGUUCAAUCAAAGCGAGCCGUUCAAUUGCGUCCUCGUUGACUUCCAAAUGGCCGCUUAUGUCAACGCCGCGAUCGAUUUUCAGACUUUUAUUUAUUUGAACACGACGAGCAAAGACCGACGGGAUAAGGAGAAACAAUUCAUCGACGUUUAUUACGACGCUUUAGUUGACAAUUUGUUGCUAAAUGGAUACGAUGAAAAUAGCAUAGUUUCGAAAACGCAGGUAUGCCAAGAUAUCGAAGAUAAACGCGUCUGUGGUCUGGUAUCGGCAGUGCAGUACUUCCCGAUCGCUCUCUUGAGCAGAGAGUCGGCCAAACUGUACGAGAAAGACAUCGAGAGAUAUUCUUACGACAGUCGUAAAGAUUUCGUGCUGCGGACAAUGCAGUUGGAUGCGAGUUAUCGCGACAGAAUUGAAAGCUCCGUAAGAGAUUUAAUCGAUUAUAUGCUGAAAACGGAGAAGAAUGGAUAAUUGGUCAAAAUUGUACUUGUUGUCUUACUUGGUACUUUUGUGCUAUUUUAGUGUGAUAAAAUAUAAAAAUAAUUAAAUGAUCAAUAAUACAGAAUCCGCUAUCUGCUGAUGAAUAUUUUUU